AUGUCUGAUUUAGCUGCAGAAUUAGGAUUUGACCCUGCUUUAAAGAAAAAGAAAAAGUCCAAGAAAGUCACCCCAGAAGAUUUUGAUGCCGAAAUCAAAAAAGAUGAUUCCACUUCCACCAAUGGCGGUGAUGAAGAAGAUAUCUUUGCUGGCUUAAAAAAGAAAAAGAAGAAGUCUAAGAACAGUUCUUCCAAGGAUUCCACUUCCUCCACCGAUUUAGAUGAGGUCUCUGAAGCCCUUGGUGAAUUAACUUUGAAGAAGAAAAAGAAGAAGUCCAAGGAAGCAAGUCUUGACGAUUUCGAAAAAGAAUUGGCCAAGGCUGGUGUCACUGAAGAAACUAAAACUCCAAAUAAUGAACCUGCCGCUAACGAACAGGUUGGCUUACCAUACAACGAAUUAUUGUCUCGUUUUUUUAAUAUCUUAAGAACUAAUAACCCAGAGUUGGCUGGUGAUCGUUCUGGUCCCAAGUUCAGAAUCCCACCUCCAGUUUGUUUGCGUGAUGGUAAAAAGACUAUUUUCUCUAAUAUCCAAGAUAUCUCUGAAAAACUACAAAGAUCUCCAGACCAUUUAAUCCAAUAUCUAUUCGCUGAAUUGGGUACAUCCGGCUCCGUGGACGGGCAGAAGAGGCUAGUUAUUAAAGGUAAAUUCCAAUCUAAACAAAUGGAAAAUGUUUUAAGAAGAUACAUUUUAGAAUAUGUCACUUGUAAAACAUGUAAGAGUAUCAACACUGAAUUAAAGAAAGAACAAUCAAAUAGAUUAUUUUUCAUGGUUUGUAAGAGUUGUGGUUCCACAAGAUCUGUUUCUUCUAUUAAAACAGGUUUCCAAGCCACUGUCGGUAAGAGAAAAAAAAUGUAA